CGAAAAUACCAUGUAAGAAAAGGCAGAAAUCCGUAGAGGCCAUAUCGGUCGGACUCUAAAAAUUAGCUAGACGCCCGGGCGAGUGGUAGUCGUGGGAACAGACACCCGCAAUUCUCGUGCUUGGGCGCGGGCUGGCAGUCCCGUGAGCGCACUAGGGCGGCUUCGGAGGUUGCUGAGGCUCGGCAAACUAGGCUUAGUGCCGUUCUGAGAAUCCUCCCAACCCCGACGACAAAGCUCUCCUUCCAUCCAUCCACAAUCCUCUCUCCUCUCUCCUCCUCCCCCCAAUUACAUCUCUCCUUCAGAGAAACCACUCUCCCACUCCUCUGAACCCCCAUCACAAUGUUCAGAAACGCUUUGCGGCAGUCCAGCCGCACCGUUGCGGCCGCCUCUGCCACCGGCCGGAUCGCUUCGGUCCGCGCCGCUGUUCCCGGCCCCAUCUCCGGUGCUUCCAAGCAGGUCCGUACCUACGCUGCUGAGGCCAAGGCUGCUCCCACCGAGGUUUCUUCCAUCCUCGAGCAGAGAAUCCGUGGUGUUCAGGAGGAGGCCGGCCUUGCCGAGACUGGCCGUGUCCUUUCCGUCGGUGAUGGUAUUGCCCGUGUCCAUGGCAUGACCAACGUCCAGGCUGAGGAGCUGGUCGAGUUCGCCUCCGGUGUUAAGGGUAUGUGCAUGAACUUGGAAGCCGGCCAGGUCGGUGUUGUGCUUUUCGGUUCCGACCGUCUGGUCAAGGAGGGUGAGACCGUCAAGCGUACCGGAGAGAUUGUUGAUGUCCCCGUCGGCCCUGAGCUUCUCGGCCGUGUCGUCGAUGCUCUGGGUAACCCCAUCGACGGCAAGGGUCCCACCAACACCAAGGCCAAGAGCCGUGCUCAGCUCAAGGCCCCUGGUAUCCUGCCCCGUCGCUCCGUCAACCAGCCCGUCCAGACUGGUAUGAAGUGUGUCGACUCCAUGGUGCCCAUCGGCCGUGGUCAGCGUGAGUUGAUCAUUGGUGACCGUCAGACCGGUAAGACCGCUGUCGCCCUUGACGCCAUGCUGAACCAGAAGCGUUGGAACAGCACCUCCGACGAGGCCAAGAAGCUUUACUGCAUCUACGUCGCCGUCGGUCAGAAGCGUUCCACCGUCGCUCAGCUCGUCAAGACCCUUGAGGAGAACGACGCCAUGAAGUACUCCAUCGUCGUUGCUGCUACUGCCUCCGAGGCCGCUCCUCUGCAGUACCUCGCUCCCUUCACUGGCUGUGCCAUGGGUGAGUGGUUCCGUGACAACGGCCGUCACGCCGUCAUCAUCUACGAUGACCUGUCCAAGCAGGCCGUCGCCUACCGUCAGAUGUCCCUGCUGCUUCGUCGUCCCCCCGGUCGUGAGGCCUACCCCGGUGACGUUUUCUACCUCCACUCUCGUCUCCUUGAGCGUGCCGCCAAGAUGAACGACAAGCACGGUGGUGGUUCCCUUACCGCUCUGCCCGUCAUCGAGACCCAGGGUGGUGACGUGUCUGCCUAUAUCCCCACCAACGUCAUCUCCAUUACCGACGGCCAGAUCUUCCUGGAGGCCGAACUUUUCUACAAGGGUAUCCGUCCCGCCAUCAACGUCGGUCUGUCCGUCUCCCGUGUCGGUUCCGCCGCCCAGGUCAAGGCCAUGAAGCAGGUCGCUGGUUCCCUGAAGCUUUUCUUGGCCCAGUACCGUGAGGUCGCCGCUUUCGCCCAGUUCGGUUCCGAUCUCGAUGCUACCACCAAGCAGACCCUUGCCCGUGGUGAGCGUCUGACCGAGCUCCUCAAGCAGAAGCAGUACUCCCCCAUGGCCGUCUCCGACAUGGUUCCCCUGAUCUUCGCCGGUGUCAACGGUUUCCUUGACCAGGUCCCCGUCGCCAAGAUCCUCCAGUGGGAGGCUGACAUCCUCGCUCACCUCAAGAGCAACCACCCCGAGAUCCAGCAGACCAUCGAGAAGGAGGGCCAGGUCAGCAAGGACCUCGAGAACCAGCUCCGUGAGGUCAUCGGUGCCUUCAACAAGUCUUUCAACGCAUAGACAAGUUAGCUUGUACAAUUUGAGACCACUGUUUUCUUUUUCUUUUCAUCAGAGUUUCGGGUUGGCUGGGGGCC